AAAGACUUGCUAAAAUAGUGAGCUUGCUGUUGUUUUGACUGGGGAAUAAACCUGUAGAAAACAGACCGCGACGUAAGGAAAAUGCAUAACGAAUAGAUGGCAAAAAUACAUUGCCAGCACCGACUCAUUGGGGGCAGGUUCUGGGCAGACUGCUAUGGGAAGAUAACACAACAAACAGUAUUUCAGACGCCCCCCCCCGUUCUAAUAACAAAGCCACUUUUACAGCCCUCAAUAACCGGGAGUCACACCAUUGCAUUUGAUGUAAGAACCAGUUUGUUCUGCAUGACUGGGUGACGCCAGGCGCCCUCUCAUUACACACUAGCCUAAUACUAGUUUGAUUACAACCGACUACGCACUUCUCCAGGACUGCUGAACAACCACCGUACUGCUUUGUUUUUUUAUUCUACACGUGUCGUCAGUAUGGCUCAACUGAAGUUAGCACUUUGCGUGUUGCUGUCUAGUUCUUUCGCCUCGGUUUUGACCACAGACAGCUCCAUUCAGUUUGCGUCCGAAAGUCUCAGUUCCUCUUCGUUUCGCUCGGUGUGUAAGCCCAUCCCCAGCACACUUUCCCUGUGCCACGGCGUCGGUUACGGGGAUAUGCGGCUGCCCAACCUGCUGGGGCACGACUCAUUGAAAGAAGCCCAGCAACAGUCGGCCGCCUGGCUGCCGUUGGUCUCCAAACUCUGCCAUCGGGAUACCAAGAAGUUCUUGUGCUCGCUAUUCGCCCCGGUGUGCCUACCGGAGGGGCCCGUGCGCCCCUGCCGUGGGCUGUGCGAGGCUGUGAGGGACAGUUGUCUCCCUGUGAUGAGCGCGUUCGGAUUCCCGUGGCCCGACAUGUUCAACUGCACACAGUUCCCACGCGGGGUCCAUCUCUGCAUUCCCACCACGACCCAAGACACACAGCGUGCGCGGAAGGGAGAGGAAGCGGGUCACGAGGAGGCAUCAGAGGGAACAGUGAUCUGUGACUCAUGCAGUCUGGCUGCUGAGGGGGAGACAGACAUCCAGAACAACUUCUGCAAGCAUUGGUCACACUUUAGACAAAGGCUUAUAGAGGCCUAUAACCUGUUUACAUCCUUUAAACUGCUUAUCGGGAGUGUGUCUGUGGAGGGGGGUGACUGCAGGUUUGUCCCUCUGGGCCGGAGUCGCAUCCUGAGGUGGGAAGGUGGAGGCACGGAGAGGGCUGAGGGCGUCCGGGGGGCAAUGGCCUACAGUGCCCUUUGGCUGCAGGAAGGGGGUACCUGCACCUGUCCUGCCCUGGAGGAGGCACAUGGGGGAGGGGGGAAGGGGUCCGUGGCAGGGGUGUGGUACCUGGGCCUUGCUGACUUACAGGAGGGCAGGUUGAUCCUCUCUAGGCUUGUGAGAUGGAGGAAGGGGGACAAAGAACUAAAGAAGUUCAUCAGGAGACUGCUCAAACAACCCUGCUGAUGAUGUCAUCAAACAAGCAUAAAGAGACUUUCCAAUUUGGCCAAUUGGAUGUGUAUGAGAGGACACCACAGCCCUGUUACAUGUCAGCCUCUUGGCCUAGACCCUAUCCCUUCAAUAUCCCUUUCAUAUCCCUUCAAUAUCCCUUUCAUAUCCCUUCAAUAUCCCU